AUGACGCCCUGCAAGAAGCGGGUCUGCUGCGAGAUCACCGAGGCCUACAAACCUUGGGUCAAGGACGGCGGCGUGAAGUGGCUGUUCCGCGACGCCUACACACGCGUGGGAGGUCGCUGGGCCAUCUGGUCCAAGAAGGACAAGGACGCCAUCAAGUGUAGUCGCCUGAGAGCUGUUGAGGCAGCUCGGAAGGGCACAAGGAACACCACCGACUCCUCCGAAGACCGCCGCGAACUUCAACAGAAGUUCCAGCAGAUUGGCGUACCACCAGCAGCAUAUUUCGCAUAG